GUGACCUCACGGCGCCAUAUUAAAAUGCUUCCUCCUCUUUGCCUGUCUGUGAGGUUGUAGCUUAGCAGCCGCAGCUAGCCGCCAGUCUGCUUUUUUUUUUUACAUCUACAAGACUGACAGAGGGCAACGACGUGAUGGAAAUUGAUUCGCUUCAAGAAGCUCUCAGAGAUUUCGACAAGAAAGGAAAGAAGGAGCCAUCUCCUCUACUGGAACAGUUUCUAUGCCAUAUCGCCAAAACUGGCGAUGCCAUGGUUCAAUGGUCUCAAUUUAAGAACUACUUCCUGUUUAAAUUGGAGAAAGUGAUGGAUGACUUCAGAGCCUCAGCACCUGAGCAAAGAGGUCCUGCAAAUCCCAAUGUGGAGUCAGUUCCAUUUGAAGAUAUGAAAGAGAGAAUUCUAAAGAUUGUGAAGGGAUACAAUGGAAUCCCAUUCACGAUCCAGCGCCUGUGUGAGCUACUUACAGAACCUAAGAGGAACUAUACAGGAACAGAUAAGUUUCUUCGGGGGGUGGAGAAGAACGUAAUGGUGGUAAGCUGUGUCCAUCCAAUCUCAGAAAAAAAUGGAUGCAGUGCUGUGAAUAGAAUGAAUGGAGUAAUGCCUCCUGGAAGCACAUCUGCGUUUACAGAGAGGAAAGUGAAUGGUCCAGGAACUCCACGACCACUGAACAGACCGAAAGUUUCUCUGGCCAGCUCACUAACAGCUAAUGGUCUGCCAGACAGCACAGACAACAAAGACACUGACACGGACCCAGAUGGCGACAAAGAUUCCAGUGAGGUUUCGGCAUCAGGCGGAUCCCCGGGAAGCUCGGUAAAGAACAAACACGAUGAAACAGAAGAGGACAUGGAAGCUGAACAGCAAGAGGUGAAGAGACUUAAGUUCAGCAAGGAUGAAGAGGAAGAAGAUGAGGAGGAGGAUGAAGAGGAGGAGCAUGGGGUGGAUGCAUUGAGGCCUUCAGAUGCCACCUGCCACUCAAAAGAAGCAGAAGCCAUGGUCCAAGAAGAGGAAGAAGAAGAAAAGGUUGCAUAUAAGGAGGAUGAAGCCUCUAGCAGUGCUGCUGCCACUGAAGACCAAGAACCAACUAGCAGCACGGCGGCCGAUGCAUGUGCAGACUCGGGCCAGGAGGCCGAGCAGGCCGAGAGGGAAGUGCCGUGUGGCUCAGAGGACGAGGGCAGCGACAUGGAUCAGACAGAGCAGCAGGCACCCACAGGCGACCUGGAAAGCCCCGAGACCAGCAGAGACAGUGAGGAGAGCAACAGUGACCCAGUCAUCAGCAGCAGUAGCAGCAGCGAUAGCAGCUGUAGCAUAGAGGAGAGAGCAGAAGCGGCCAGUGAAGAUGUAGCUCUCACUCCCUCCAGCAGUACAAGUGAACCUCCUACAGAGGGCGAUAUGGGAAGUGCCAUCUUAAACACUGGGAACACCGAGGAGCCUAUGGAGCAGGACUAGACUGAGAGCCUCCCCCUCCCUUUGCAGCCAUGUGUGACCAUAAACCAGCUUGUCCUUGACUCCAGCUUGACUGUCACUGGGAACGAGGACAGCACCUCAAACACAAGAAGAACGCCUCGUUACGCUUUGGACACUCCUCCAAAAUGGCUACCUGGCACUGAUGUGGGCAUCCCAAAAUUUUUUUUUCUUUUCCUUCUUUUUAACUGGAAUAUUUUAUUGAUCUUCCUCUCUUCUGUUUUUAAGUUUGCUUUUAAGUUUCCCCUAAAAGGGGUUGGUUUCUGCAGCUGUGUUUUUGUUUUUGUCUCUUUCACUGGGGUUGUUUGAGUUCUGUGGUGGUCUGGUUGUUUAAUGCCACUCACUCCAGCCAUUUUGACAUUAUUACAGGAUUGGUAAUCUUUAACCGUAGUGUAGCACACUGCCAGGGUCAGAACAGAGCUGCAUCAGAUCUUCAUUAUUUAAGAAUUUCACAUGUAAGCUAAACAAACCAGCAAAUCUGUUCCUGACCUAAACUAUGGCAACCAACUAACCAACGUGUGUUCCACCAGAGAUGUGAGAUUCCCCCCCCCCCCCCCCCGUGUCCUGUUUAACCCACCCCCAUUGAUACACUACCAAUCCUACUGAACAGUACUAUGACGGUCUACCUUGUAGAGGCGUCCUUUGUAAAAUGAUAUUUCGGAUGCAUAAAACCAACAUAAUUUAUGAUCAUUUCAAUGAGUUAUUUUGACGUAUAUUUGUUUUUUGUUUAGUUUCGUCUGCCAGUUGUAGUUUCCAAAUACCAGCUGUAAGUACAAAGAUCAGAUGCUUUCUUUGUAUUGUGAUGUCACCAUGUUGUUUCACCAACCGAUAUCCAGAGCAGUUUUCUGGUUCCAGUUCUACACUUGUUUCUGCAGCUGUACUUUUUGAUAUUUAGAAUUUUAAAUUUCUGUAAAGUAGAUUUUUUUGUAGAUUGUAAUACAGUAUGUGUUCACUGCCUUUGUGAAACCAUAUCUAAUUGUACAAUUUCUGUGUAUACUCUGAAUGCUUUUGCUUUCAAUGGGGUAUUCAGAAACAGCAAUAAAUGUUAACAUUUUUAUGGUUGGUGGUCUUGCUCACUUAA